ACCGGUUGUAAACAUAACCAAGAAAGGCGAAUAAAAACAGCAAGUCAAGUUUUCUCAUUUUACGCUAAAAACUCGAGUUUUCUCUACAUUUUUCAUCCAUUUCCCAAAAUGUCUGGCUACGACACACACGACGAUGGUCCAGGAUUUGUUGGAAUACGUUUCUGCCAAGAGUGCAACAACAUGUUGUAUCCAAAGGAGGACAAGGACAACAAAAUUCUCCUCUACGCUUGUCGUAAUUGUGACUAUAAGCAAGUGGCAGACUCCAAUUGUAUCUACGUGAACAAGAUUAUGCACGAAAUUGACGAACUCACACACAUCGUUCCGGACGUGAUAUCCGACCCGACGUUGCCACGGACGGAGGAUCACGCUUGCCCGAAGUGCGGCCACCAAGAGGCGGUGUUCUUCCAGGCCCAGACGCGCCGUGCAGAAGAAGAGAUGCGGCUCUAUUACGUGUGCACCAAUCAAAACUGCACCCAUCGAUGGACAGAGUAGAGAGAGCAGCAAUUAAAUUUCACCUCAGUCUGUUCGGGAUGGAAUGAAAACGUGUCGCGAAACGAGAAAUUCAGGUUGCAAAAUUUAUUCUUCGUCUAUUCUAUUGUUGAGUCGAUGAUCUUCUAACGCGAAUUGGCAUUUUUUGCUGCCCAUUGCAAAUGUACAGAGACACGACGGAGAAAUAUAAUGAGAAGUAAUGCAACUAGUAUGCAAAUAAUUCUCUAUUCGCCAACCCUUUUGUUGCAUCCCCCUCGCAAAUGCAGUCCAAGAAUGGACAGUCGUCUAUUGCAAUGUUGCGCUGCAUCGAAUUGCGCCAAGUGUGUUCUAUCAUCUUUUCUAUUUUGUUGUCUAGGCAGUGCUUCUCAAACUGCAUCUGAUGUUUUCCAUAGUUUCCAUUGCCAAACUCUGAAAUAAAAUUACAAUAUAAUGAAGCAGAACAUAUGCAGAAUUACAG